UCUAUUUUGUAAUCUAUGCUAAAAUAAAUGCCCUACAGUAUGUCGAUUCCCUGUAUGUUUGUGUGAUCUCACACCAAAAAAGCAGGUUGACGUUUAUUGUCAUGAAUCUUGCCCUGGAGGCAGAACUGAGCCAUUUCCGCUAGAUGGGCCAGCUGCAAAGUCAAAAUUGGCUAUAUCAUAAAAAUGUAUGAAAAAAAUAAAUAGCUUUUUGGUCUUAAUUUAAGGUUAGGGUUAGGCAUUAUGGUUAGCAGUGUGGUUAAGGUUAGGGUUAAGGUUAGGUUUCAAAUCAGAUUUUAUGUCUUUGUGGAUGUGUCAGCUAGUGACCAUACUGCAGAGCUGUCUCCAGGGCAAGAUUAAUGUAAUGAAUUGAAAAACCCUCAUUCUCCAUCACUGCUUCCCUAUAUGACCCCUCCAGAAAGAGAGGAUGACGCAUCUGGUCCUGGCACCCCUCGCCUCCCUCCAAGGCAUGUUUGCUGCCCCGCAGAAACUCAUCCAGAAACGCUACGACAAACUACUGGACUAUUGCAGCCGCCUGGAGCGCUCUCCCUCCUCCUCCUCCUCCUCCUCCUCCUCCACGUCUUCAGCCUCUGCCUCUUCCUCCUCUCCAUCGCCUGUAUCAGAGGACCAGGUGAGGUCAACAAGGCUUCGGUUUGUCGCGAUCAUGUUACCUAGCAACAAUUCCGUUAUACGAUUUGAAUGAACAUUCCUAAAUGUUAUAUUGAAGCUUCAAAUAGCUCAUUUUGAAGGGAUUAUAGCAUUUUAACGACAGUAUUAAAACAGAAAAUUAUUUUGCUAUUGAGAGUUUAGUUUAGUGGUCUUUCAGCAUUAUAGCUGUUCUCAUUAAAAACUGAAAUAUGUUGCUGUCCCAAUAAAUAAAACAUAAAUGUUGAAUAAAUAAGACAAUUUCAGAAUGCUAUAAAUGUCUUUGCUAAAAGAAAAAUCUGUUACUACAGGGCCAGGUGGCGGCGCGGCGGGACUACGCAGCCCUCAAUGCUCAGCUGGUGGAGGAGCUGCAGAGAUUCAACAUGGCCGCCCAUACUAUCUUGUCCAACUGUGUCCUCUGCCUGGUGACUCUGCUCAAAGGCCUGAUGGACACGGCCUGCCACCACGCACCCUCCAUACAGCAACUACCGGUGAGGAAGGGAGGGGGAGGGAGGGUGGAAGGGAGAUGGAGGGAGGGAGAGAGAGUGGGACAGCAGAGGUGUAUCUGGGUGAUAGGGGGUUCAUGUGGAGAUUUGUGUGGUGAAAUAGAGGGCUUACUUUAUUUAAACAGCAAGAUAUUUUGUAGUGUGAAAGGGAAAGGGUUUGUGGUGGACAUAGUGUGUUGUGAGUUGACGCUAAAUACCAUACAUUGAAGUAUGAUAAAACGUUUUAUUUGAAACUUGUGUUGUCUGUUUGUCAAGGCUCCUUUGUCCAACAUCAGUGAAGUCCAAAGCAGCAUCAUGGAAGAGCUCAACAACCUGACUGUCGUCAAGGACAACGCACAGACUCUAAUAGAACGCAAAGUCAGCUUCGAGAAAACAAAGAAAAUUUUAGCUGUAAGUUUGGGAAGAAAAAAAUACACGGUUGAAAGCUGGAAGGACUUGCCUCAAUGUAUCCCCCAUUGUUACUACAGUAUGUGAUAAGCUAAGGUAAUUAAACGCUAGCCUGGUCGCAGAUCUGUUUAUGCUAUAUAGCCAAACUCUUAUUGUCGUUGUCAUGCCAAUGACCAUAAGAGUUGGUAAGACAGCACAAACACAUCUGGGAGCAUCCUCACUGAGCCAGCUAUCUGUAGGAAUGCCAGUAGACCCCAGCAUUACCCCACAGCCCCACCACCUAUUCCAGGAUUGGCUCCCGUAGGUUUUUAAUUGAACCAAUUAAAAGUCAAUUAAAGAACAAUGUUGGGGAUAUUAUCGGAGCCAACAGACUCUGCCGAGCUCUCUGGGUUGUGAUUAAAUAGAGCGCUUGGCAACCCCAGCGCUACUCCAGGUAUUACUCCCCAAAGACAAGACACUGUGUGUGUGUGUGUUUGAUCAGCGCAAGACUCCUUUGGAUCGGUUUCGAACCACCUUCCCUUCUUGAGACCCAUCCCCAUCCCCACCCCCACCAACCCAAGGGGGCUCGUUAGCGAUCAUUCCCCCACUCCCCCUUUGGGACACUGAUGACUCGGAUCAUAUCACCCUAACUCCCUUCUCACCCACUCCCCCUCCACAGGUCCCAGAGAUCCAGCGUCAGACAGAGAGCAACAGGGCCAGGCUGCUGGAGGAGUAUCCAGCUGACAGGCUGUACCAGCUGAAGAGGAACUGUAACGGGUGUCAGGAGCAGGAUGUCAGCCUGCUGGAGGGGGAGCUGGUGGGCCUGCUGAAGGACACAGACCCCCUGGGGAGCCGGGGCCGCUGGCUGGUUGACACUGGCAGUAAGUUCAUUGUCAUAGGUUGGAUUAUGUGACGUGGCACUGUUGGAUCUUCCUGUCUCAUGUUGCAAUAGGGGCUUAGUUAUUGGAUGUGUACCAUUUUUUGUUAGGGCCGGACGAUACCAGUAUCGCGAUACUCGUUAGUGUUGUGGCAAGGAAACAAAACACAAAGCGGAUUUAACUUCUUAAGGAAAACCCACCCUAAUGUUGGAAACAAACAUCAUAAUGUUGUCAUCAACAGUCACAUUUAUUUAUUUUACAUACAGCAGGUUUUAAAGAACCAAAGAGCUUGAUCUGCUUCCUGUUUUCAUUUUUGCCAUGAAACUAAUAUAGUGAUACUGGUAUCAUCACAGCCCUAAUGUCUGUUCUGUAUGAGAACAUUUUAUUUGCACUUUUCUAUAAACUAGCGGUGAUAGACCGCCCAAAUAGAGGAUGUUUCAUCCACUACUUCAACCGUUAAGGUCUAUGUCAUGUAGACAUAAUGCUCUGUUUAUGUCCGUUGUACAGGUGUGUCUUGUGCAAAAUGGCUACUGUAGUACACCAUCCUACAGGUCUGAUCUACAUGACCUAACUCUAGACAAACAUCCCCCCUCACUACUGUGGAACUAAACUCCUAGCUCUUCUGUCCUGUGGUGUGUUUUGUAGAUACCGUAGAUACACAUCUCACUUCCUGGUUACUAACCUACCACAGCUGACAAGUCAGCCAGCCUGGUGGGGAAAUUCCCAGAGGCCUCUGACUGUGAUGUCACAGUGAUACCUAGAACAAACUAACCUCACCGACACUCUCUGUGUCUCUCUCUCUCUCUCUAGAGAGUUGCUGCCUCACAACAAGGCCAACUCAAAAGAGUUUGUUACCAUGUAUUUUCCGCGCCGCGCGUCGUCUAGCGCUGAGUGCCUGCCAGUUGUUUGCGGCGAGCCGCCUUUCGCUGUAAGCAGAGUUACUUAGAGUACAAAGCCUCUCCCUGGGGGCAUUGAGAAACACAGGCUGAGGAGGAGAAAGAAGAUGCCUGCCGCGCUUCUCUGUACUGCAGAAUAACAAGGCUCAAAUCAGCCAAGUUUUUGCGAGGAGUGGUAGAAAGGUUUGCGUGCGUGUGCAUGUUGAAACUACUUCACAUAUUUAUUUCAUCCACUGGGACUACUAGUCUUCAUAAGAAGCUGUUUAUUAUAUGGUCGAUAUUAAUGCUGCCAACGCAGUAAACAAAAUUACCAUUUCCCAUUGCAACAAUACUCCUGGUUUAAAGAAACCUUCCUUUUAUAGGCAGUUUAUAGACCGUGCAAUCAGACAAUUCAUUCUUUCAUCCCCUUAUUCGUUGACAGUGACACCGAUCUCCCUGUGACUUACCCACAGUACAGCCAGUCUCACAAAGAACCCUAUUCACAUCCAACCCAACCACCUGUGCAUUUGUUGAGCCUCCCUGCACCUAGCUCUCUCACAGACUUAUUUUUUGUCUCUUAUCUUUAACUCUGCAUUGUUGGAAAAGGGCCCGUAAGUAAGCAUUUCACUGUUGGUCUACACCCGUUGUCUACGAAGCAUGGGACAAAUACAAUUUGAUUUGAUUUGAAUAGUAGCCUAUAUUAUUUUAUUUCAAAUACUUUAUCUGAAUCAAUGGAAUAGUCCCUAAAGUGAAAACAACGCCCAUCUGGCAGUCCAGGCAGGCUGAAGCACACACUAAUCACAGCACCAGGAAGCACCUACUAUUUGAACCCAGAUAUGUCUGACAGACACAAACAUCCCUCUGUUCUCCUUCUCUCCCAGGUACCCAGGGCUACGUCUACUCAUCCUUCCUGAAGCAGUACAACCCCAACAGGGAUCAGGCUCGACCAGGUCAGGGUACAGGGACCACAGAGCCCCAGCAGUCCAUCGUGGUGCUGGACGAGGACUUCGACAACCUCAGCCUGUUUGUGUCGGGCAGCGGGAGGAACAACAGCAUACGAAGCCGAAGCAGCAUACGGAGCAUGGGCAGCAUACCUAACUUCAGCCUCUACAACACCUCCAGUACCUCGCUUGACAGCUGCUCCACCCCAUCCAGCCUACAGGGGGACACAGAGCCAGACGUCCGCCAGGAUGUGGACACAGAGACAGACGACCAGCAGGUGGGGUAACGCUGGGUUAAAGAAGGGUCGAUUUGAACCCUUAUGGACCCUGCUCUCUAUAAAGGCUCUGGUCAAAAGGAGUGCACUAUGUAGCACAGGGUUCUUCAAUUCCGGUCCUGGAGGGCCAAAACACCUCUGUUUUUCAUCCUCUCCUUCUAAUCAAGGGCUAAUUCAGACCUGGGACACCAGGUGAGUGCAAUUAACUACCAGGUAGAAAUAAAAAACAGAAGUGUUUCGGCCCUCCAGGACCGGAAUUGAAGAACCCUGAUGUAGCAUAAUCUUCUAAUUCUGAAUGCUGAUUGGUUAAAACAGCAUUCUAGCAGGUGUCUAUUUCACAAGUUAUCACCGGCUAAAUCUAUGACGUUAAAAUGCCUAUUUACUCUGUUCCAUCUGACUACGCAAUCCACUGUCUCAUCAGCACAGCCAGGCAAUUUAUAAACUUCUAUAAUAUGUGUCUACGUGACAGGUGCAUUAUGAAAUGGAAGGACUGAUCCUUGUUCAGUUGUCAGGGCUCACAGUAAGCAGAGGGCUUAGGUGUGCCUUUCAGUAGGCUUUACAUUAUGUCAACUAUCUCAAUAGAAUGAAUGGCAAACUCCAUUCGCUGAACAACACCUCAAAAUGGACUAUUUGAUAUACAGGCUACAUUGUAAUUUACAAACAAUAAAUAUCACAUUGAAAGCAAAGCACAGGAAAUACAUAGAUGACAAGCUAAUCUAAUAAUCUACAAAAAGGAAUUGACUAAGCAAGCAAUGUAUCUUUACUAGCUUAUAGAAAUGCCUGUAAAGGCCUCCUCAGAGCCGUGGUAUGACAUAUGAGCGUGGUUAUUGCAUGGAGAGCAGUAAAAAGUGAAGUGUGCUGGUUUAUAGUGCAGAUGAUUCGAAAACCCACUCUGUUAGGCCUGGUGGAAGCCUUUGGGCGGUGUGUGUGUGUCUGUCUCUGAUAGGUUUAGGGUCACACUUCCAUCUCCCAUAGAGAUUAUAUGGAGUGAAUAACAUCUAUACGACACUAGCGCUGUAACUCAACAUUAGCCCCUUUAGCAGCCGCAGGGCAGGAUCUGUUCUUACUAUGUAUUGGUUUGCUGCGACCUGGGAGGACGCUUUUGACCUCCAUCAGAAUAUGAGGCGGUUAAUAGAGAUUGUAAAUGGAUAUUGGUGAUGGUGGGUUUGGGACUACAGUGAGUUGUGAUGGGAUCGGUUUCUUCUUUUGUAUGGAUUAACAGUGCCACCGACUGGUGAAUUAUGGAAAUACCACACUGAAUUCAGUCGAGACUGUACAGCACAUUUUUCCACUGGAAUACGCUUUGCAAUCGCAAUUAACCAAUACCUUGAUACGUUGUGGAUUUUAAAGUUUCAACAGAUUGCAUUGCAAAUUAAUUUGAGUAAAUAACUAUAUGUCGGGGCACUUUGAAAAACUUUUGCCACACUUUUAGUUUGGGGUCUGAUUCUGAGGAACAUGAACCCAACAUUUUCUCCACUACACCACACUACUUACUGUAUCACCGGAGGCUGGUGGCACCUUAAUUGAGGAGAACAGGCUCAUUCUAAUGACUGGAGCGGAAUUAGUGGAAUGGUAACAAAUACAUCAAAUACAUGGUUUCCAGGUGUUUGAUGCCAUUCCAUUUGCUCCGUAUACUGUAUGUAUGGUACAAUAACUGCUCUAUCUUGAAUGUUCUGUCUGUUUCUCCAGUUUUAUGCGGUGUACGCAUUCAAGGCGCGCUGUGACCAGGAGCUGACCUUGCAGGAGUACCAGCACGUGAGGAUCCUCAAGUUCAGCGACCUGGGAGGCAACAAGGACUGGUGGUUGGCCGAGGCCAAUGGACAGAAGGGCUACGUCCCAGCCAACUACCUCAGCAAAAUGUCAUACGCAUAAAGGAAUAGAUUGGGAUUAAGAAGGCCCAAUCCCAAAUGGACUCCUAGCCCCUACAGGAAGGUUUCCCAGACACAGAUUAAAGCCUAGUCUUGGACUAAAACACAAUUUUAAUGGAGACUCCCAAGGACUAGGCCAAAUCUCUGUUCAGGAAACCGGCCCUAUGCCCUUGUGGAGAUUUGAGAGGAUUUUAUAGGUGUACCGUAGCAACAUGGUGAAAAUUCCGCCUAGCAUAUCAGGGUAAGGUAGAUUUAUUACCAUAUCCUCUCAAAUCUCCACAGGCAUAGGGUCGAUUUGGGAUAGGGCUUAAAUGUAACUGUCUGUGUCUAUAAAAAAAAUUAUAUUGACCAGAAAAUGUAAUUAUCAAAAGAUCAUGGUUGUUAAGAUUAUUGCAUAUUUGCAAUUGAGAAAGCCACAUUAUGCACUAAUAAUGAAGCUAUCAUUGUGCUGAGCACUUAGUAUUGCCACCUGCAGUGUUGAUGAAUUUAUAUUGUGAAUGUGUGUUGUCCCAAUGAAAAUAAUGAUUUAUUCUAAUAUCUAAUAUAUGUCAAGCAAAUGUAUUUUGAAAGAGAUAAUGCGUUUUAGAGUUAUACAGUUCCUCCAUGUAAUGUGUAUAUUUUAUAUAACUUAUCAGUGAUGAAUAAAGAGUCUUUAUCAGUGGUGCACGAUCCUGUUCAU